GUUGCUGCCUACCGUUGGGAGAUUUCUGCCUACCGCUGGAAGGGUUACCCCUGCUUACCAGUGGCACAGACUGCAUUCCAACUAGAACCCAGCAAAAUGGCACUGCCCCGGAAAGACCAGGUUCUCUCGUCCCGAGAGAUUGAGGGUUUGAUUGCUGCAGGACAAUUCAUUGUCAUUGUCAAUCAGAAAGUGUUACGUGUCGAUUCAUGGAUCCCAUACCAUCCCGGGGGUCACAAAACCAUCCAACACAUGGUCGGCAAGGACGCAACCGAUGAAUUCACCGUAUUCCACUCAGACGAGACCAUCAAAAUGGCCGAUCGGUACCAGAUCGGCCGGGUAGAGGGACGAUGGCGGAAUUUUGUGCCUCCCAUCCAGGGUGGACAGUUCAGACCGUAUCUGGACGACAAGGCACCUUCAGACACCAAGCAAAAUGCUCCUACUACUUCUGCCACGGACCAAAGUGAGCCAACUGACAAUGGAGAUGGCCGCCUCAGUCCAAUUCUUCAAGCAGCGACCGAGCUCAACACCAAAGAAGCAAUGACCUUCCUAGACAGCCAAACUAAGGAAGAAAUCAGCCUCACCCUAACCCGCUACCCAUCCCUCGACGAAGCGACCCAAGGCGACAUCAUCAAAAAGUACCAACACCUCCAUGACCAAAUUCAAGCCGAAGGCCUCUACAACUGCAACUACAUGGCCUACGCGAAAGAAUUCGCACGCUGCUCGCUAAUCUUCAGCACCAUGCUCCUCUUCCUCCACUACGGCUGGUACUGCAUCAGCGCCAUCUUCCUCGGCUUCUUCUGGUCCCAACUCGUCUUCUCCGCCCACGACGCUGCUCACAUUGCCAUCACACACAACUUCACCAUCGACAGCCUCAUCGGCAUGACAAUCGCUGCCCCCAUCGGCGGCCUCUCCCUAGGCUGGUGGAAACGCACCCACAACGUCCACCACAUCGUAACCAACGCCCCCGAGCACGACCCAGACAACCAGCACCUCCCCUUCUUCGCCGUCAACCACCGCUUUCUGGGAAACCUCUUCUCCAGCUACCACGAGCGCCUCAUGCCCUACACAAGAGCAGCCAGCCGUCUCGUCCCCUACCAAGCCUACCUCUAUUACCCCGUCCUCAUGUUCGGCCGCUUCAACCUCUACGUCCAAUCCUGGAUCUUCCUCAUCCAAGGCCAAGGUCCCCGCAAAGGCCCAGCCUGGUGGCACCGCCACUUUGAAAUCGUCGGCAAUCUGCUUUUCUGGCUUUGGUUCGGCUACGGCCUCGUAUACCGCUCCAUCCCAACGGCCUGGGACCGAUUCCUCUUCGUCAUGAUAAGCCACAUGGUCACCAUGCCGCUGCAUGUGCAAUUCACCCUCUCCCAUUUUGCCAUGUCAACGAUGGAUCUGGGACCCGGUGAAUCCUUCGCCCAGCGCAUGCUCCGCACAACCAUGGACAUCGACUGUCCCGAGUGGUUGGAUUUCAUCCACGGCGGGCUGCAGUUCCAGGCAAUUCAUCAUCUGUUCCCUCGGGUACCAAGACAUAACCUGCGGAGGACGCAGAAGCUCGUGCUGGAGUUUUGUCGGGAUGUGGGCAUCCCGUACGCGCUGUAUGGGUUCGUAGAUGGGAAUCAGAAGGUUGUGGGCAGUUUAGCGGAGGUUAGCCGUCAGGCUGCGAUCUUGGCAAAGUGCCAGAGGACGAUAGCGGAACGGGGGGAUUUGUUGUAUGGGAGGUGAGGUGAGGUGUGCGUGGACGGACUGUCUAGGCUGUGGAGAUUGUAGAAUAGAAUUCGGUUUUAUCUCACAGUUUCCACGAGCAAAAUAGAAAAUGAACUGUUGUUUAC